GGCUGUAAAUAACUUGCAUGAUGGAUGCUACUGUCGAGAAGACAGACGUUGCUCAUAUUUGAACAAAAAGUGGGAUUUUAGGAGUUUAAACAACAAUGGUGACUUUAUUGGCUGAGUUGCUUUUUCUCCUGCUAUUUUGCAGAGGACAAGUUUAUGCAGUGUCAUUCUUUGGCGACAGCUCCAUCCAGCUGCAGACUGUCCAAGCAUCCUUUCAGACGGUGCUACGUGUGCAGUUUAGAACUUCCAGCCAACAAGGCCUGUUAUUUUUGGCUGCGGGGCCUGCAGACUUCUUGCUGUUGGAGGUGACCUCGGGGCGCCUACAGGUUCGUGUGGACCUUGGCUCAGGUGAGCAUACUCUGCGCUCAGAAAGGGACAUCAACCUCAGUGACCUCGCAUGGCAUUCUGUAGAAGUCACUCACACGCAUCAUCAUGUCUCCAUCACCAUGGACCGAAGAGCUUACUCUAGCAUUGUGAUACCAGGACCUGAUCUGGAGCUCAGUGUAGAUGCCCUUUUUGUUGGUGGAGCAUCAGGACUUAAUCUUCCACACAUUCUCAACAUCUCUGCUGGGUUUAGAGGUUGUUUAGAUGAAGUUAUCCUCAAUGAACUCAACCUGCUGUCUAGCCUAAAGUCUUUUCCUGGGUACAAGAAGGUCCAUGAGGUGUCUUUGGGGUGUAGUGAGUUGUUUUCAGCUACAGAAGCCGAUGUGGCCCAUUUUUUCAGCUCUGAAGCAUUUAUCUCUCUUUCACCAUGGGACGCGCAACAAAAACGGGUGUUUGAAUGUGAACUGCACCCCUCUGGGAGAGAAGCCGAUGGUAUAGUCCUGUACAGCUCUGGUAUGCUGGGAGGUGUUUUGCUAGAGAUUAAAGGUGGUCACCUGGUGGCAACGGUUGGAACUGUGCAAGGGAAUAAGGCUAAAUUGCAUUCCCGCACGCACCUCUACAGCAAGCUCACAUGGUAUCCCAUUCAGUUCCAACUACUACCCCAUACUGUCCAGCUGAAGGUAGGUGAAGAGUUGCUCCAGGCCAGUCUAGGGUUGCAGAACAUCCAUCUUAAAGGACCACUCUUUCUGGGGGGCAUAAAUGAACAAGCAUGGAGAGAAGCAAAGCAAACAGGAUUGAUGUCUUCCAAUACUCAGCUGCAAAUCAUUGAGAGCAGAAGCUCUUUCAGAGGCUGCCUCAGAGAAAUAAAAGUAAACACCCAAAUAACUGGACUCCCUCAUGCUGUUGUCUCCAAAGAUAUCAGCCUGGGGUGCAAGAUGGGCCAACAUUCAGAGACCAUGUCUACAACCAGAUCGAUAUAUGUUCACGAGUUUGACAUUACAACAGCCCAUGGGAUAAGUGAUAACAAUGACUCCAACCUCUUAUUCUUGAGAAGGCUGGAGGUAGAAGAAGGAAGUCAGGCACCAUUGGAACCCAAACAUAUUAAGGUGAAUGUUGAUCUACCAAAGUUAGGCUUGCAUCCAUCUGAGUUCAUGUUCCGCAUUGAAGAGCAGCCAGUCCAGGGUCACCUGCAUCUUGAUCCUAGCCCUGAGCCUAAAGUGACGAUGACCUCAACUGGAGCAGAGGAGAGGCACUUGGCUUUUAGCAUGCUUGACCUCUGGCAGGGCCGGGUCUCGUAUGUUCACAGCGGCUCAGAGGAUCACUAUGACUACUUCAUGUUCUCCAUCUACUCCGGUUACAAGGAACUUCCUCUGUCAUUGACUGACCAUCAUCAUUUGUACCGUUUUGACAUCAGCAUUAGUCCUGUUAAUGAUGUGCCCGUGCUCAGCUUACCACAGGGAAAUGUUUUUACUUUACUCCAAACGUCCAAACGACUGUUUACAACAGAUGUCCUGAGAGUGUCAGACCCUGAUAGCAGUCAGUCCAACUUGGUGUUUAGCGCCAUGGGAAACUUGAACAAUGAGGCUGGAUACCUUGAACACAGAGAUCAGCCCGGCAGGGCCAUCAACGUGUUCUCCUUGUAUGAUCUGAAGGAGGGGAAGAUUAACUUUGUCCACACUGGAGUCUCCACGACCAGGUUGGCAUUCAGAGUCAGCGAUGGGCAGAUGGUCAGCAACCCUGUCAUUUUGAGGAUACUGGCAGUGGAACUUGAAUACAAAUUUGUCAACAACACUGUACUGGAGGUGAACCAGGGUGGAGCAUCAGUCAUCACCAUCAAUCAUCUUGCAGUACAAGUUAACGUGGCUGAUCAGCCAGUGGAUAUUCGCUAUGAUGUCACAGAGCUGCCGCAGUACGGUGAACUUCAGCGUUUACACUCAAGUGGUGAAUGGAGACCCACAACUUUCUUCUCUCAAAAACGUAUUGAAAAAGAACGGAUCAGAUACCUAAACACUUACCGUGCAAUUCAAACUCAGAAUGCCACUGACCGGUUGAAAUGCAAAGUCAGCGCGGACUCUAUUGCAGCAAAGACAGAGAUUAUUUUUCCCAUUGUGGUACGAUGGAUCCAUUAUAAGGUCACAAGAAGCAAAAUGGAGGUCAAUGGCGUUCUGAAAGUAGUUGUCACUCCAGAGGACCUUCAUGUCAUCACCAAGGGUGUUAAACUCAAUGAUAGUGACAUAUAUUUCAAACUUUUAACCAAACCCAAAAAAGGUCAGCUUUUCCUCAUUGACAAAGUUCUAAAGAUAAACUCAACCUUCAGCCAGAAGAAUAUCACGGAUGGCUUGGUGACCUAUGAACUGUUUACCAGACUGCCUGUUGACACAAGAGACAUUUGCAUCUUCCAGGCCUUCUCCACCAUUGCCAUCUCAAUGAGUCAUGACUUCAGAAUAAACAUUAGAACGGAGUCAACCGACUUCACCGUCUUAAACAAAGGCCUUUCAGUUGUGGAAGGGGGGACUAAAAUCAUCACAAAAAGUAUACUAUUCACUCACAUAGCAAGCAACCGCGAUGUACACUACAGCAUUACCGUGCAACCAAGGCACGGUCAAAUACGGAGAAUCAACCUCUCAAACUCGACCUCCAUCAACGACAACAUUGGAAUUUUCACCAAUCAGGAUAUCAUUGAGGAAAGGGUGAUGUACGUUCAUGAUGACAGCGAGACGAAGCAAGAUUCCUUUCGGUUUCAGAUUGUGGUUUACAAACCAACCAAAGUCAGCGGCAAGAAUGAGAACAGAAACCCAGUCGAACACACUGUAAACAUCACGAUACAACUCAUCAACGAUCAGCGACCAGUCAGAGUUGUUGACAAAGUAUUCCAUAUGGCCAGAGACGGGCAGAGGUUGGUGACUUUGAAUGAUCUUUGCUACCGAGAUGAUGACUCAGACUUUGAGGACGACUGGCUGGUCUACACUAGGAGAGGGAUUCCGAUGGGGGAGCUGGUCCUAACCAGUGCGCCCGAUCACAAACUGUACGAGUUCACACAGAGAGAUCUCAAGCAGAAAAAGGUGCUGUUUGUACACAGUGGAGUCAGUUUUGGUCGCUUUGUGCUUUUUGUAUCAGAUGGGAAACAUUAUGUUUCUACGUUGAUGGAGGUUAAGGCACAGGAUCCUUACAUUGAAGUGAAAAACAACACAGGCCUCAUGGUCCAGCAAGGUGGAAUAACGACUCUAACCUCAUGUAACCUCAGCAUCUUUAGCAACCUUGACAUCAGAGAUUCACAGCAACUAACGUACGAGGUCUUCCUUCCACCCAAACGUGGUGUACUUCUCAAGAAUGAUGGUGAAUCUGCAGCAGAGGCAGAUGCUGUUUCCUUAUUCACCCAGGAAGAUCUGGAAGCAAAGCGCCUGUUUUAUCACCAUGACGGCAGCCACGAGUUUUCAGAUGGCUUUAAUAUCACAGCGAGAGCAAAGGAGAAAAACAGAGAAGGGCAAUCACAUGAUUGGAGGAGGGAAGUGUAUCUAGACAUUGGCUUGCAGAUAAAAAUCUACCUUAAGAGUCAUCAGAGACCACCAAUAGUCAUCAAUAAUCGUCCAGUGGUCGUUGCGGAGGGGCACAAUGUCUCCUUAAAUAAAGACCAGUUAGAGGUCAUCCAUGUUGACAGCCAGCCUUCAGAGAUAAUCUUCACUGUCCAAAGCCCACCAUCUUUGGGCUUAAUUGAGAUGUUUACCUCUGAGAAAAAGCGGCGAACAAAAAACGAAGGACACCAACAUCGUUUCCAGAAAUUUAGAUGGGAGCCAACAACUUCCUUCACUCAGGAGGACAUCAACAAGGGUUUGGUCAUCUACUACCAGCAGACUUCAGGAAGCGCCAAUGAUUCUGCUCUGUUGGAGGCUACCAAUGGGGUCACCAAGGUUGGACCCUUUAAAAUGGCGAUUGAUAUUAUUCCCACGCUACUGCCUCUACAGGUCUCUGACUUGACAUUGGAUGAGGGGUCGUCUCUGCCGCUUACACCUGACAUAAUCACAGUUAAUAGUCAUCACUUUUCAGGGAGGAAUUUCCUGUAUCAAAUUGUUGUUCCACCACGACACGGUCACUUGGAGCACAGUCGGAUCCCAGGGAUGCCCAUCACUGCUUUCACACACACGGAGUUGGAGCGUGAAUACAUUUCCUAUAUCCAUGAUGGCAGUGACACAGUGAGAGACAACUUUACCAUCAUUGCCAAUCAGACAGAGAACCAGAAGCACAGUCUACCCUGUACCGUGCAGAUCAAUGUCACGCCUGUCAAUGAUGAGACUCCUGUUGUUACAACCAACAAUGGUCUAAAGGUUUGGGUGGAUUCGGUGACAGAAAUCUCAGUGGACGAUCUCAGCGCUGAGGACUCUGACAUGCCACCUGACAAGCUUGAGUUCAUCGUCACACCACCCAGUAAUGGCUACCUGGCUCUGAAGAGCGCCCCCUCCAAACACAUCUUAAACUUCACGCAGAUUCACAUUGAAAGUGGCCAGCUACUCUUUGCGCACAAUGGUGCUUUGACUGGUGGCUUCCACUUUCAGGUGAAUGACGGCGUGAACUAUGCCAAUCGCCAAAUCUUCAGCACUACAGCUCAUUCUUUUGUACUUACACUACAGAGAAACCAUCCAGUGGAGGUGUACCCAGGAUCUGUGACACCAAUAUCUGAGCAUGAGCUUCAGGUGAUAACCAGCAACCCCACUGAUGUUGCAAUAAAUGACACUUUGGUGUAUACAGUGACCAUUCCUCCAAAAUUGGGCCGCUUGGUCCGUUAUAUGCCAGACAACUCUACUCAGGAUAUUUCUACGUUCACACAGAGGAUGGUGAACUCUGGGGUUGUCUUGUACGAUCAGAACAAGCCAGAGUCAGUGGUAUGGUUGGCUACAGACACGUUUUCUUUCACCGUGUCUUAUCCUCCCAUCUUCCUCCCGCCAAACACCUUCACCAUUUUGAUCUCCUACCAGGCAAACAAACAUCUUCACUAUCUUCAACAUGACAGCAGACCCCUUAACAAUGCAGGCGCUGUGGUGUCGGAAGGUGGCAGGAUUAUAAUUGACACAUCUAAACUUGAUGCCUCCAAUCUCCUUGGGAAAGUGCCCAAGCCCUUCCAGAAAGACCACCAUGUUGUUUACCGUCUGACUUCUCUUCCGCGCCACGGCGCUUUGUCUAUCCAUGGCCGCAACCUCACCAGAUGCUUUGCCUUUUUUUCCAAAAGGGAACAACCAGAUUUUUCGCAGAUUGUAUUGAACAAAUUUGGCAUCACUUACAUCCACGAUGACUCUGAGACCACGAGUGACAGCUUCACUUUCCGGGCAUGGGUGGUUCCUCUUGAUGCCUCCUCCUCCUCAUCUCCGUUUUACUCAGCUUCCUCCUCCCUUCCAUCAUUAGACUUAGUGUCUCAUCGCCACGUCAAGGACAGCCUGGCUGUGACGGAGACAUUUAACAUUACGGUAACGCCGGUCAACGACCAGCCUCCACUGAAUAGGAAUAGAUCCCCGAGUUUGAAGGUUGUCGUUGGAGAGAGGGUCAUUCUCGGACCAGACAAUCUGCAGGUUGAAGAUCAUGACACGCCUCCGGAGGAGCUGCAUUACCUUGUAAUCAGCAAGCCCAACAACGGCUACCUGACGCUGGGUGAAAGGCCAGAACCAGUGACAUCGUUCACGCAGUACGACGUCAACCACGGCCGGCUGCAUUUUAUACAGCAGGGUGAGCCUUCAACGGGAGUUUUCUACUUUAAUAUAACUGAUGGUCAUCAUCGUCCGCUCUACAAACUGUUCAGUUUGGAGGUGAUUAAGCCCUUCAUUUUUAUAGUUAACAACACCGGCCUGUCAUUGGUUCAAGGCAGAACUGCUGUUAUCCUGACAAUCAACCAGCUCGCAGCUCAAACAAAUGGUCAAAGUCAGGCCAACAUAACCUAUACAGUAACCACCCACCCCCGGCAUGGACGCAUUGCCAUAAACGACCAAGAAGUCAUGACCUUCUGUCAUGAGGAUCUCCAACAUGGCCGUGUUGUCUAUCACAUGACUGAGCUCAGUGAAUCGGAGGACAGCUUUCAAAUCUCCAUCUCGGCCACGGCGUCGGGUGUCGAGUAUGGAAACGUGACAUCACAGACAGUGAAGGUAGUCGUGCGACCUCUCAUCUAUUUACGGGAACCAGUGAGAGUCCCCAGUGGCAUCGCCGUGAAACUGGGGAAAGCCAUGAUGGACGCCUCGGAGCUGGCGAGAAUUAGCAGAGCCGACCCGGUCUUUGAGGUUCUGGCUCCACCAAAACAUGGCAAACUAGUCAAGAUGACCUAUGACCCCAACAGAGCAUCAGAGGUCCUGAAGUCCUUUACAUUUCGUGACGUGGUGCAAGGACGCGUCGCCAUUGAGGAGACUCUGAGCGACAACGACGAUCAAAUCCAAAGUAACGAAUCGGCGCUAACAAUUGGCCACGCCCCCGCCACGCCUCUCAAUGAUUCUUUCGUCUUCCUGCUGAAGGCUGGAAAUGUCCAACCAGCGAAAGGUGAGCUUCACUUCACCAUCUUACCUCAUCACCAGAUGCAUCACGCUCCGCCCGGUGGGAAUAAAGCGGACGUGGCGAGUAGUGAACACAAGACGACACGGAGCAAGACCGCCGCGGGAGGGACGAGAGGAGGGGGGCGGACGCACGGCAGGGUGGAAAUGGGUUUGCACCCUCACAUCCUAACACACAAGAACCACAAUAAGACGCAUCAUAAAGUGAGGCCUCACAACCGCAUAGCAAACCACACGCACGGCGGGAAUCAUGGCAGCCGGUCAAAGUCCAGCCAUCCUCCGGCCGAGCCAGACCACGGCCCGGCACAGCCUCCUGACGUUCACCCCGUUCAGGUGGCGGUCCUCCCUCGACCUGCCUCGGACCCUCUGCUCAUCAUCCUGCCUUUGCUGGCAUGUCUGCUCCUCAUCGUGAUCCUGGUGGUGUUGAUCCUGGUGUUGCGUCACCGCAGAGAGAAGCAGGCCAGGAUGCGCCUCCUGCAGGAGCUCGCUGCUGUGCAGUUACCCGCCGAGGGCAGCCCGUAUUCGGGCGGGUCGGAGCGAAGCGUAGCUAUGCCCAGGGUGGUGGUCACGCCGCUUCGUACGGCCAGCUGCCCUGCCUCUCCCAGGGCACCCAUAGGCCCCAGGAGGCGCAGUCUGGCCCCAGGGAUGACCUUCUGGGGACCGUUUGAAGCUGAGGCUACAAGUAGCGAUGAGAAUAUUAGAGGUUGGGAAAGAGAGAACACUUUUGGUAGAAAUUCGUUACCAGCCAUUUCUGUAGCGUUCAAGUCUUCUCGUCGAUCUAAGCCCCCCAUGCUUAAAGACAACCAGUAUUGGGUUUGAUUGAUUGGAAUCAAAUACAAACUGUGCCUUAGAGGUGUGCACUAUUUACUGCUGUGUAGGAGGCACAUAUUUUAUGAACAACUUCAGGGCUUAAUGAUCUGUUUUGUUUGAACCACAUUUUAAGAAACACAUCCAAUAUGAAACUCCAACAAUAACAUUGGUAAAUUAUAGUAGUCGAGCAUUUAUAAAGGCAGAAUGUCUGCCCUGGAUUGUGCCUAAAAAAGCGUCCUGCGGGCUAAAUUCAAAAUGUGUUGCGGCAAUACACAAUCAAUGCGAUCAAUUGUUUGCUCGUUUUUAAUGUCCUUUGCUUUGUCUUAUUGCUUUGGAACAAAUAUGUGUAAUAUAAAUAAGUUUAUGUAUUUACUGUAUCAUGGAUAUUGCUUAAUAUUGAUAACAUGAUAAUGUUGGUACUUUUGUGAAUUCUUUUAGUGUUUUAUCUUGCCAUGACUUCAGUCUGAUGGUACCUGUAUCCUGGGACUUACUGUCAAGCAAGUUACAGCUCACAUUGUGACAAGUGACUCCACUGGUAGUUCAAUAAGUUUUAAAAUGUUAAGAAUUUCCUCCUCAAUUGUCUCCUUCACCAUGCACUGGUAAAUAUUUAUUUUUCAAUAAAAGACAAUUCAACAUGCACAUGCUUGAUUUGAUACAACUUAAAGUUUUGUCGAGCCCGUCAAAAAACAUCAAUGACCACUUGAUGAGCCCAUCCGUCCUCAACAGACCUUACACCUUUGUCACAAACAUUCCAUUUACAAACACCUCUGUUUGCAAACCUUUCAAUUCACAAACUUUUAGACCGUGCCAAACAUGCCUCGGUGUGCAAACCAUGUCUCUUUGUACGAACGUUUUUAUUCAGUCAUUCAUUUUGUGUCAAGCCUGCAGGCAAAAAGCAGGGCACAGCAUUAAUGGGGAGCUACAUUUGCUGGCCAGGACACUACUAGUCACUUCUCAGCGCUUCAGCGUGUGUGCUUUUUCUGUGUUUUUUCAUCUUUUGACAAGUUUUGUCUAUUUUGCUACAUCAAUAUGAGCCCUAAAAAGACAAAAGACCAGCGAUUUUUCUGGAAGAAUAUGCCAAAGUAGAUUUAUUUCACAGCGGAGAGGAAAGCUCCUCUCCUUCAGCAGCGUGUUUUUCAAGGGACAAACACCCCCCAGUAGUACCCCUCGUCGUCGACUUAUUCGAGUGAAAAUGGCGAGCAUUUCAUCACCAGAACAGCUGAGCUAGCUUCCCGGGUUGGCCGACAUGGUCUCACAAGAUGUAGUUUCUCUUUAAAUAUAAAUGAUAAAUAAAUGAUAAAUGGACUAUACUUGUAUAGCGCUUUUCUACCUUCAAGGUACUCAAAGCGCUUUGACAGUAUUUCCACAUUCACCCAUUCACACACACAUUCACACAUUGAUGUUGGGAGCUGCCAUGCAAGGCGCUAACCAGCAGCCAUCAGGAGCAAGGGGUGAAGUGUCUUAAUCCUUCUUAAAAAUGGCCUUGCAAAUACGUAUAUAUCUGCCACCUAAUCAACGAUUUGUGCUCCUUCUCUGCUAUCCCGGUAUGGCUAGUAUCCAAUCACAGUCUCAUUAACAUCAGGCUACCUAGAUCGGCUACUGACAACAACUGGAGAUCUGUUUGGCUAUCCCACAUGUAUCUCAACUGUAUAUGUUCUCAAGUUCAUCCGCUAACGGUCUUGAUGAGUAUCCAAUCACAGGACGCGUAAAUGUCACGUUCAACCCUAGGCCAGCUAGAAGGCCUUACUGACAACAACUCGUGAUCUGAUUGGCUAUGGCAACUGUCUAUCAACUGUAUGUCCCCGAUGGCUUACAGUGCACGAACGCCCACAUUGUUGAUUCUGAAGACAGAUUUGGUACAGCAUGGCAACAUAAGCUAGCUGAAUUCUGAUUGGAUACAAACUAAAACUAAAAAUAACAGCGCUGGAAGGCGCAUAAUAUGACAUGAAGAGAAUAUGAAUACUUUUACAUAUUUAGGGAAAGUAAAUAAAAACCUUUUUUUAUCUUUAUUUAUAAUCAUGAUUUCUGGUUAUGUUAGGCCAGCAGAGAAGGUCUUGCUGGUCCUGACGGCACAUCACUGCAAUGAAGGAUGUUAUUAUGCCAAAUUGACUUUUUUGAUGUUGUAACAGUAUAAUGUGUCCGUACAACCUGAGAGAAAUCUAUCAUCUCCCUCACUUAUUUACGGCACUUUUAGGAAAAGAGGCCCUCAAUAAUAAUUUUCCAUGAAACCAUGAAAGCCUCUGUGUCAUGAUGCUGUCUCGUGUUGUGAUUUGAUUAUUAUUCGCAGUUUAGGGUUCUGUUUUGUCCUCAGCGCUUCUGCCUCUGUUUACUUUUCUUGUUGCCUCAGGCACUGAUUGGACACACCUGUCUUCAGUUUGUGAUUAGUCGUCCUACCCGUCUCCUCAGUUAAUAACUGCCUUUUAUAAUCUUUAGUCACACAGCCUUAGUUGCUGGAUCAAUGUUCGCUAUACACGCUGGUUGUGAUUUCUUGUUUUUGCCACGCAUAAAGACUUUCAUGCUGUUCACCCUGUGUGUGUUUUGGCUUCACGCUAUGCUAGAGUCAAAGUUUUUGUAUUUUUUGCCUUGCCUUGUGGAACUAAAAUUGAUUUUUACCUGCGCACUGGUUCUUGCUUGUUUUUCUGCAUGCGUGAGAACACAACCAUUGCAGCUAUACGACACCACAAAGGCAACACUCUGAUCCACCGCUAGCAAGAUCACAGAAGAGAGUAAUAAAUAGAACGCAGGUUUCGCUACACACCUUAAAGCGGGGGUCAGCAACCCGCGGCUCUAGAGGCGCAUGCGGCUCUUUAGCGCAGCCCUAGUGUCUCC